AUGCCUUACGUCACUGAAGACCUGUGGGCCAACGUCUCCCCCGUCGCCCAGGGUGAUGCUUGCGAGUCUAUCAUGAUCUCUGCCUUCCCCGAGAAGAUUGCCGAGCAAAGCUUCCCGAAGGAAGCGGCCGCCUUCGACCUCGUUGUCCCAUCAUUGGUCUGUGAUAACCUUCCCACCAACGGCAAGACUGUUGAGACCAAGAUCAACGUCAUCAUUCAGGCCGAGAAUGACGACAAGCUCCAGUUCUUCAAGUAUGUCAAGACUGUUGUCGUUGGCUUGACCAAGGGAUAUGGCAAGGUCGAGUUCAUUCGAAAGGACAGUGAGAUCUCCCCCGUGGGAGCUGGUACCGAGGGCAAGAUCGACGCUGCUUCCGAAAUUGACAAGCUCGAGAAGAAGGCUGUCGUUGUUGAGGGUCAGAAGGCCAAGAUUAACAAAGGCAUGGGCAUGAGCAAUUACGAAACGAGUGUCAAGGAGGUGGCUAGGGCGCAGAACUCGGACAAGCUGGAGAAGAUCAAUGUUGAAAUCGAGUCGCUGACGUUGGCCAUUGAAAGGUUCAAGUUGCUCUUGCUGUAA